AUGACAUCUUUUGAAGGUAUGUUGAACAAACAAUACGAACACAUUCAGAAACUGCAGCAAGACUAUAAUGCCAUGAAAACUGAAAUUUCAGACAUAAAACAAUCAAUUGACAACUUACAGCAUAAACAAUCCAACCUACUUUCAAACUUGUCUACCUGUGUAGACAAGUUUGAAACUGGCAGGAGGAAUAAUCUCGAAAUCUCUGGGAUCCCACUAACUAGUAAAAAUGAAAAUCUCUUCAACAUUCUGCAUCGUAUUGGAGUCAAAGUUGGUUUCUCACUGACUGCUACUGAUAUCGACUACAUCCACCGAGUAUGGCGCUUCUCAUCAAAAGAAACCCUACGAGGCGGUGAGGAAUCUUCUGCUAGUCAGCUUGAGCCCGUGAAGACAUCUACCAUACCCAACAUAAUUGUGAGGUUCACACAGCGCAAACGAAAAUGUGAACUACUGGCCGCGGGCUAA